AUGAAGUUUACGCUUAUCGCUCUCGUUGGCGCAGCAGCAACUGCCAAUGCUGCUGACUAUCAGCGUCUGAAUCUCCCAGAUCCGCAGAAUUGGAUCGCUGCAAGUAGCCUCUUCCCAGGCGAUGUCAUUGCAGGAUAUAACGCGGACUACAAUAAAUACGACAAAGAGUCGUGGGCGAAUUAUAUCCUUGACCAGUGUAAGGGAUUUUCUGCUUGCACUUCGACUAUUUCCUACUCAGCGAUCAAUUCUGGGACUCCAAAGGAGAGGUACUGGUUCGGGUAUGUAUUCCGUGGUGGAAAGACCACCGAGCAGGAUUACCAAAGAGCUGAUGGAGUAAUGGAUUCUGUCAUUUAUGAGAUAGUUUAA